CUAUCAGCACUUAAGUUUCUGAAACUGAGUGAAAAUGAGGUGUCAAUCAUCAACGAGACCAUCUUCCAGUCCCUUCCUGCCCUGACUUACCUGGACCUGUCAGAGAACCUCCUGACAUCGAGGAGAACGGCUUCUGGACUUUGAUGUGCGCUCAUGUUGGAUGGAUGUGAGCUUCCUCUGCUUCGUCUCCAUUGCUGCUCUCAUCCUGUUGGUCCUCCUGUCUUCCUUCAUUCACCACUUCCUGAGGUUUCACCUCAUCUAUGCCUACUACCUCUUCUUGGCUUUCCUCUACGACAACAAGAGGAGGAAGGGCGACGUCGGCUGCCAGUACGACGCCUUCAUCUCCUACAAUGUGUGUGAUGAGGCCUGGGUCUACGAAGUGCUGGUUCCAGAACUGGAGGGACAGCAGGGCUGGAAGCUCUGUCUGCACCACAGAGACUUUGAACCAGGCAGGCCCAUCAUACAAAACAUCACAGACGCCAUCUACAGCAGCAGGAAGACGAUCUGUGUGAUCAGCCGCCACUACCUGCAGAGCGAGUGGUGUUCCAGAGAGAUCCAGACGGCCAGCUACCGUCUGUUCGACGAGCACAGAGACGUGCUGAUCCUGCUGUUCGUGGAGGACGUCCCAGCCCACCGCCUCACUGCGUACCACCGCAUGAGGAGUGUGGUCAAGAGGCGGUCCUACCUGAGCUGGCCGCGGGCCGCUGGGCACCCCGCCGUCUUCUGGCAGAACGUACGGCGAGCUCUGGGGACGGACCGGGACCCCCGGGAUCAGAGUGACCUUUUGGGUGGACCCUAG